AUGCAUCUCGUGAAAUCAUUAUUCAAGCUCAGUAUUCCAGUCAUGUUGCAAUCCGUCAUAUUUUUCCUAAAUUAGAUAGUAAAUCUGUAUUUCUCAGGCUAUGAUUCAAACCCUGCUGUUGUGGCUGGUGUCGGACUAGGAAGCACAUUUAUCAAUGUAGCAUAUUUCGGUGUUUGCUUUGGAUUAAAUGGAGUGCUAUAAUCUUUAGUUUCUUAAGCAAUGGGCGCUGAUAAUCAUCGUCUAAGUGGUAUAUAUGUUAAUCGAGGAAGAUUUGUUAUAAGUUUAUGGCUGCCAAUUGUAAUAUUUUUCACGUUAUUUUUGGGUAAAGCAUUUAUUAGUAUUGGAAUUGAUGAUGAGACUGCAAAUGUCGCUCAAAAUUAUACUGUCAGAAUGAUUCCAGGUCUGAUUGCUUACAUGUACUAUGAUAUUGCAAGAUAAUAUCUGAUUGCCCUUGGUUAACCUAUGAUUGCUUUCUAUAUUUAAGUUGUAACUGCAUUGUUCCAUAUUGUGUUUUGCUUCAUAUGCAUAGAAAAAUUUCAAUUACCUUAUUACUAUACCAGUUAUUCAACAAGCCUUCAAUUCAUGUCAAACGCAAUUAUCAUUCAUCUAAUACUUUUACUAAAUUCUCAAUAUAAAAAGUCAUGGUUUUUAGGAGGAAUGGAAACUUUCUAGAAUUUGGGAGAAUAUACAAAGUUAGCUAUUCCAUCUGCUAUAAUGCUUUGUAUCGAGUUUGCAGGAUUUGAAAUACUUUGCAUUGUAUCUGGUUUUAUUUCUGUUCCUGCUAACGCUGCACAAGUUAUCGCACUUUCUAUCAAUGGAAUGUUUUAUAUGAUUCCUGCUGGAAUCAGUUAGGCUACCACCACAAUAAUUGGAAAGCUUAUUGGUUAAUAAUAGAGUAGAAUAGCCAAGGCUCAGUCUUGCUAUAUUAUUAAGAUUUGCUAUAUUUUCUCUCUUAUUAUGGGUGGUAUACUUUUUAUAUCAAGGUAUCAUUUAGCAAGAUUAUUUUCUUCAAAUAUUUAAGUGACUGAGAUUACUUAAAAUGCUAUUAAAAUAUCAUGCUUUUCUCAUAUGCUAGAUUUUGUAUAUGGUGUUUAGCUAGGUACCGCUCGAGCAUUAACCAAGUUUAAUCAUGCAGUAUUUGGAGGAAUUGUAGCAUUUUAUAUUUUUGCAUGCCCUUUGGGUUCUUUACUGGCGCUUUAAUUUAAAUUUGGAGUUUUUGGAUUAUGGAUCGGACUCAUAGUUGGUCAAUUAAUUGUGGUUUCAUACUUCUAAUAUUUACUAAGUUGGGGGUUUGACUGGGAUUAAAUAACAUAAAAAUGCUUUGAGAGACAAUAAGCCGAUAAUAAAAAUUUACUGACAGACAAUGAAAAUGCGAAAUGUUUUUAUAAGAAUAAGAUUUUGGAGAUAAUGUAAGUAGAGUAAAGUUCAUUAGAAAUACCUGAAAAAUUUGAAAAUAGAAGCAUAAAAGAUUUAUUCCAAGCUUGA